UGUGUCUCAUGAAGAUGAGCAGACGGCUGAUGUAUUGAGCGAGAGGAAGACCAGAGUCUAUGUGGAGAAGCCCUUUUGUCCAUCGACAGCCAUGGUUAGAUUGGGGUGGAUGCUGAUCUGGGCAUGGAUAGUUCUCAUGGUCGCCCGUUGAUCGUGAGCUGGUGGCUGUCGACAGUGGAAAGAAGAAGGUUUGGCUGGAGUAAGCCAGCACCGGAUUUGGAGAUAUCCGGGAUCAACCCAGCCAGCUACUUAUUCUUGGAUCCUGUUGACCAUCCAGCCAAACCAGAACCACCAUCUCACAAAAACCCCAUCCCCAUCAUCCUCCUCAUCCAUCAUCCAGUCAGCACCACAUAUUCAUAUUUACAAUCCACUCGCCGACACCAGACUACCAUGUCGGCCAACUAUGCCAUCUACACCUCACCCAACCAUCAGCCGAUCCCAGACCAUUUACCAACACUGAUCGUCACUCCACAAGGGAAACCACACCAGGUCUUAUAUACCUACCUACACACCAACUAUAACCAAGAGAACUACCUACUCACCCCAUCAGAUCAGGGUGACCUAUGCGUAGCCAAACUAUUCCCACCCAACAAGAAGAGAGCUCAAAAGAAUUCAACCACGGCCCCGCCAGCCCCAUCCUCUUCAAACGGCCAUCAUCCCCCUCAAUCUAGCGCCGACCGCUCAGCAAUCAAGUGCGAAGCUUCUCGAAACUUGAAAUGGACGAUCAGAAACGAAGGCAUCCAAAACCCGGUCUACAAACUCACCCUACCCAACCCAGAGAACCCUCAGGUCGAACAACCACUAUUCCAAGUUAGCAAACCAAACCCAAACUGUCCUUGGUGGACACUCUUCUACUUCACUUAUGCUGGUCAUUUGAUCCCCCCCAAACGAAUCGAAUUCGGGAAAAUCCUCAAGGCUCAACCUAAUGGUCCCAAAGCAUCCGGUGAAACUAAGAUCACUGUCACUGGUAAGACCGAAGAAGAGAAGGCAGUCUGGAGAACAUUGGGUGAAGGAAACGAAGAUAUGGUAGAAUGGAUUCUUGUCUGUGCAGCCUUGAAUGUAUUGGAUGAAGAGAUCUCGAGGGCAGCUGAAGCUGCGGGAGUCCAACUAUCAGCCCGACCGUCGACGACACGAGCACCGCCCAGUGGGCCCUCGCCAGCGGGGGGACCAAUGCAGAAGCCGCAUUCGAUGUCGAAGCAACCAAGUGGAGGGCAUCCAUCCGGAGCGGGCCAAGCGGCCGACCGUCAGCUGCAUCCGACCGGGAACGCCCAUCGUCCACCGGUUACAGCGCCGAUCCGGCCUGCGGUCUAUAGCAACCAUCCACCCCCUUCCAAGCCCGUCGGUCCUUCCCCACCUUCCUCUCACCAUCGUCCGUCCCCUCAACAAAUGGGUCAGCCAGGCUCAGCCAACAACCAACGAGCCAUUCAUCAUCCCCCGCAACAACAACAGCAACAUUACCCUUCCUCCCGUGGACCGCCCCAUAACGGACACGGCCCUAGCCCCGGAGGCCUUCCUCCGGGUGCUCUUCCCUCCGGAAUGGGCCCGCGUGCUCCUCAGCAGGACGUGUACCAUGAUGCUAGUGACCUCGCUUACACUCGCUCCACCCGUCAACAACAACAACUCCCUCCUCCUUCUCAACAUCGUCCUCAACAACAACCGCAUCCUCACCAACCCCCGCGCUCUAAUAACAGCUACCCAAACCCUCAUCAUCAUCAUCCUCAUUCUUCUCCUCCUUCUCAAAACUUCGUCCCCCAUCAACAGCCCCAUGGGCCUCGCGCUAGGCUUCCUCAUCCCCCCGCUAAUAACCCCGCUCCUCUUCCUGGAUCUAACUCUUCAGCUUCAAGAGCGCCCAUUCAGAUUAAUAAUUAUCCUAUUCAAACUCACUCUAAACAAGUUCGAUAGAUCUGACAAAAAGGGGCUCUUCUUCUAUUUUUGUUAUUAACUAAUUCACUAUCUAUCUAUUCACUUCCUCUCUCUCUCUCUUUCUCUCCAUUGAUUACCAUCUUAUUCAACACUCUUCAGACGUCUCUUUCCUUCCUCCUUAUCACUAUUGUUGUUGUUCUUUGAGCGCCUUUUCUUUUCUCUUUUUUAUGAUUGAUUGCUUGUUUUUUUCUUUUCUUUCUUUCUCUUCAAUUCUUUCCUCUAUCUUUUGUUCCCCUCAAUCUUGAGCUACACAUAUAUUCCAUAGCUGAGAAUCAAAGAAGCUUCUGACUUGUAUUUCUUACCUGAUUAUUCCAAUGUCAAUCAGCUCAUCUUCUAUUCCUUUUUUUUCUUUCUUUCUUUCUCUCUCUCUAUAUCUCUCUUUACUUCUAAUUAUAUCACAUGUGUUAUAUAUAUAUACUCUCUAUCUCGUUUUUUCUUUUUUGUUAGUUAGAAGUAUUGUAUACUCUGUCAGUUGAAAAGUUUUUUUUUUU